AUGAACUCCCUCUUCAACUCGGCUCUGAAGCAGUCGUCUGCAAUUCGCCGUGAUCUAGACACCUUCUCCCAGUCCCCGCAGACCUCUUCUCCCGCUCUACAGGGCCAGAUCGCCGCAUCUUUGUCGUCCUUGUCUCGCACCGUCGAUGACUACUCAGCCCUUUCCAAAAAGGAGCUUAUUCCCGAAAAACAGCAAAAGGCCUUUGAUCGAGUCAAGAACUUCCGUGACGAACUGGGCGACUACCGCGCACAAUUCGACCGGCUGCGCAAAGAACGCGAGGAUGCACAAUCGGCCACCAAUCGCAAUGAACUUCUAGGCCGUCGCCCGCACCACGCUGCUACACCCGAGAAUCCGUACGCUCAGUCUUCGCUUCCGCAAACCACGUCCGCCUUUGCGCCGUCCUCCGGCCUGAGUUUUGGCGCGGGCCCGGCAGACCAGAGCAGAGAAAGCCAUGCCCUACGCGAGCAAUCAUUUUUCUCCAACACCAAUAACCAGCUGGAUGACUUCUUGGACCGAGGGCGCGCAGUCCUGUCCGACCUGGGCCAGCAGCGGGAGGUCCUGAAGGGUACCCAACGGAGGCUCUAUAGCGUAGCCAACACGUUGGGAGUAAGCGGAGAUACUAUCCGGAAGGUGGAGCGACGGGCACGCCAGGACAAGUGGAUAUUCUGGGGCGGCGUCAUCGUCUUCUUCCUGUUUUGCUGGGCUGUAUUGCACUUCUUGCGGUGA